AUGAGCCAGACCCUCUAUCGUCAAUCCCAUUGGAAUGGUGAGAGGUGGGUUCACGUGCAUAUAUAUACUAAUGGCCGGGAAAAAAGACUCACACUUUACGGCCUGGACACUGUAAUUAACACAUCGACAUUUCUGGCGAUUUGUUCGCUUCAAAACAGCUCCUAUAUGUAUGACUAUGGCACGGAUACACUUUACGAGUGUAGUGUUUAUGACCCUCUCACAUCUGACGAAAGUCUUUCUUCUCAGCUGCAUGCUGUUCGCUUGACUAAGGUCCUCCUAUUACGACAGCUACGCCUCAAGGUAUUUAGCGACAGACACACAUUGUCUACACCUCCCUGUUCACCUGGUGCUAUGCGGAAGCCACAAACUCCUCUUCUUAAGCUUAUGCGCAACAUAGACACACUUCAGCCUUACGAUCAUCUCGCAUCCAGGCUACAACCACGCAGUCUCACAGCCACACCGGUUGUUUCAGCGGCCAUCUGCGCUAUCAGCCAAGACACCCUUAUGAUCUUUUGCGUUCAACGAGGAUUUGCUUGUGGUAACAGCACGCCCAUCUACACUAACCAUCUCCUCAAAGUGAGCCUUUCUGGCAACGACUCUGAAAGGCUGAAGCUUCAAUCGCAAUUUGAGCGUGUGCAUAGCUUGAUUUACUAUAACGGUAGCCUAUUUACGAUAGUAGAGCAGAGUGUUGCCCUACCCAAGACAGAGGAAGAUUUGGAAGAAGAAAAGCGGCGGGAUGAAGAGCUUGCAAAAUUGAUGAGGCGGCUUUCCAAGAUGGAUCCGGAAGACGAGGAAUAUAAAAGAUUGGAGCCAUAUUACCGAUCAUCUGUUGAGCCAUUCGAGACAAUCUAUGCUCUAUGUCGAAUAGAUAUAAACACCUUCUCUGUGGAGAUCCUUAUGAAGAAAAGGAGCUUUAUGAAGGCCUUUGCAGGCGACUCGGAAGAUACUGUCACGGUCGUUAUGCCAACAUACGACCUAUCCUCUACUAUAACUGUGGCAUCCUAUAAUACCGUAUCAAGGGAGCUUACUCUGUCUCAUCCCGCAUUGGAUCCUUGGUUUGUAAUUGACAGGACGCUACUAGAGUCAUCCUACUUACAGAAGAGUAUUCUUCGGAACCCAGCCCUUUCCCUAGAACUAGAGUUAUCCUCAGCUAAAGUGUGUGUGCGCCCAACAGAUUUGACCACUGAGCACGCAACUCAAUGA